UUUUAUUGUCAACAAAUGUUAAAGUCUCUAAGAUGCAUGUAGUAUAGAAAUUCGUAUUAGUUUCCUACCACGGUAUUUAAUGACCCACCUUUAAAAUGUUACUUAAAUGUGACUCUAAUUAAAGAAAUAUUUAAUCAACGAAUUGUCGACGUUAUUUGCAAUUAGAGUACAAAUCAAGUGACAAACAUAUAGCUAUAUUUAUACCGUGUAAUUCUACAAUUUUGAAUGUGUUUUAGGCAAUCGAACACCAGGUGGCAUUGAACAUAAUAACCAAAAUGGGUCUGAUAACCUCGUUGGUUUUCAUUCUUCUGACAGUUGUUGUCUACUGUGUCUUUUGGAGACACGUGAAAUCUGUCCAAUCGAUCAUCAUAAUGAACUUGUCCUGCAUGUUGUUUUUGGCAAAUCUGUUAUUUUUAACAGCGAUUGACAGGACAGGUAACAAGAUUGUUUGUACCACAAUAGCAGCUCUUCUUCAUUUCCUGUAUCUAUCAGUGUUUGCCAUCAUGCUUGCACAAGGUCUUGAACUGGCGUACAUAGUCUUGAAACCUGUCCAUACGCACACCCCAGGAUUGCGCCUUCUAUUUGCCUUUUACGGUAUAAGCGUCAUUAUUGUUGCAGUCACUAUGGGAGUUGUAAAGCUUGAGGGAUAUGGAAAUGAUGAAGUGUGUGACAAUCUCUUGAGUUUAUUGAUUCACUAUGGGAGUUGUAAAGCUGGAGGGAUACUAGUAUGGAAAUGA